GCAUACAUCUAUUUGAGGAAACAAAGUAGAUACUAAUAAUUGGCUAAGUAAAGAGAGCAUAAAAAAAAAAACAAAAGGAAAGAAAGAAAAAUGAGCGCUUAUGGGGCACCAAUCACAAAUGACACCUUAAAGGAAUUGCGUAGGUAUAAAGGUAAAACAAUAACACAAGAAGAUAGAGCAAGAGAAGCAAUAAGGUAUAUACAAGCAGGAAAAAAGAAUACAGAUGCUUUGAACCAUGCUUUAAAGCUUAAGUAUGAUUACGGUGAUGGAGUUUCUACACUUUGUCUACUUUAUAAUGCUACAGGUGACACUCUUAAGCUUGUAGAGGACCAAAAAAAAGAUUGGAAUGGUCAAAUUUAUAAAGAGGAACCACCACGUUCCUUUGAAAAUGGACAGUGGAUCGCGUUCCUCCAUGUUCACCCAGGCCCAAAACCUUCUGGUAGCGAAGCUGCUCGGGUGUACCGUGGCAAGAAUAUCAACGGAGAAACUCGGGAUUUCUUGGUUGCUUGGAUGACACCAUGGAGUGUCGACCAAAACUCGGCUUAUACUGAGGUCCGGGAGGAAAAUCACUUUCCUCAAUACUGGGAUUACAUUAAAGAGGAAAAGCUAGAAAAGGCAGGCAAAAUCACCAAAGAUGAGACUGACGCUCACUUGGUAUCAACUGUUAGUAUUGGUGGUCUCACUUCCCCUGAAUUUAUUUGCGUGAUGGAGCACAGAUACGGUCCAUUGAAAUCUGCUUAGCAAUGAACCUCCACUGAUUUCAAUGUUGCUCUUCAUUUCAACUUCAGUUUGUUUUUUUUUUUUUUUUUCUUUUUUCAGUUGCUACUUCUUAAAAGGGUCAGGGUUCUAUACCCAACCUCUUAAUGGAUGUGGAUCAUGACUUUCGUCUUUUCCUUAAUGAUUCCGAAUAAACGGGUCACUCAUGUGUGGCUCGGUUGAUGUAUCGUGUUGUUUGAACAAUUAAACUAGCAAGUUGAACUUUUGAAAGUCUUUAUUUAUUAAUACAUACUAUUCAAUUUGUGUAUUGUAUA